AUGUGGGAGAGAGUGAGGCCACUUUUUUAUGGCUAACGAAUAAAAAGAAGCAGUUUUAUGCGUUUAGGACAAAGAGCGUCGAGCCUUUCCCUGCCAGUCAUGGAGGAGGCCAGAAACGUAGGUGUGCUCAUCACACACUCCUCCAAUGCCUCCGCUUCCUCCUCCACUCCAUCAGCACUGGGAACCCACACUCAAACCAAAACCCAGCAAGCCAUCGAGGUGGACGCCUCCCAGCGUGUUCAGCAGAAACGAGCUGAUGAUUCCCUCAUUCAGGUCAUCGAGAAGCUAAGCAAGAUUGUGGAGAAGCGGCCACAGCGCCGCUGUGUCUUGGGAGGACAGAAAAGAGGACUCCAACUGAGUCCUCCUGCAGGGGGAGAGGGAGGUGAGGAGGAGUCGAGGAGAAGCCGCGAAGGCUCUCCCUAUAUGAAAAUUAAGAGGAACUUUAAGGAGGAGAUGGGAGUAGAUGGCAGCAGUCUUUCUUCACCUUUGUCAGGUGACAGUAACAACAACAUCACCUCCAUGGUAACAGAGGUAGUUGGCAACCCCAACAGCAGCAACCACAAGAGGACAGUGACAUGCUAUCAGUGCAGCCUGUGCCCUUUCCUCUCUCAAACGCUGCCUCUGCUGAAAGAACACCUUAAACAGCACAAUGAGCAGCAUAGUGACCUCAUCCUGAUGUGCUCCGAGUGUCAUUUUACCUCCAGAGACCAGGGCCAGCUGGAGGCACAUGUCCGACUGCACUUUGACAACGGAGGCAACCUGAAGAGGAAUUCUCCUUAUUUAGAUGCAUACAGAGAGGAAAAGGGAGACGUUUUGGAAAAGCAGGGGGAGGACUGGACAGGGGAUCAUUGCAGUAUAGGAACUGAUGUAAUCAAAAGCUCAGUGGAUGGUUCCAAGGAGCUACCACAAAAAAAGAAGUGGUAUAGCUAUGAGGAGUAUGGUUUGUACCGGUGCCUGAUUUGCAGUUAUGUGUGCAGCCAGCAGCGAAUGCUCAAGACCCAUGCCUGGAAGCAUGCUGGUCUAGUUGACUGCUCUUAUCCCAUUUUCGAGGAUGAAGAUGGGGGUUCCACAAGGAGAGAGGUACAAGCUGCCACUAACAGUGCUGCAACCAGAGAGGAAUUAGUUGUUCUUUCCCCAGUUCUUCAAGAUAAAAGCCUACAGAAGCUCCCCACUGCCUUCAAGCUGCAGCUCUGUGUGCCUGUGGCUGUUGACAACAAACAGGAUGCAGUAAAUCUUCCAGUUUCCGAUCUCAAUGAAAGUCCAAAAACAGUAGAGAAAGAAGAGGAAAAUGUAUUCCCUAUUAAAGACCUGACGUCUGAGGAACCCGUGGUGGAGGUGCAGGUGACAACAGAGACAGAAACUGAGGUGGAGCUAGAUAGCCACCAUGACAGCACUUCUGUCACAGACAGCUUACUGUCAUCAGCUCAGAAGAUUAUAAACAGCAGUCCCAACAGUGCUGGCCAUAUUAAUGUGAUUGUGGAACGCCUUCCUUCAGCUGAGGAUUCAGUUAUGGCGACGAACCCGCUUCUUCUCAGCCCAGAUGUGGACAGGGACAAGAGCUUGCUGGAUGCAAAGAAGGAAGAGCAGGACCACGUGGGAGAUGCAAAGGAUGAAGCUGUCCUUGGCUGCAGUCCGGGUAACACUACUGACAACCAGCCAUUAGGAGCUGAUGUCAAAUCCCCAGUCACUAAAACGAGUGACGCUGCGAGGGAUGAAAACAUUCCCCCCGCUGGUCGUAAGCGGACACACUCGGAGUCUCUCCGCCUGCACUCACUGGCCGCUGAGGCUCUCGUGGCUAUGCCUAUGAGGACGCCUGAGCUGCCCACUUCUAGCACCAAGGUAAGUCUGAAGACCAUUACAGCGCAGGCACAGAGCCCACAUGUGGGCCAGAAACUUUUUGAGGUCUCAGCAGCUGCACAGAAGGCCUCUGAGGGAGGAACAGCAGCAGCUCUGUUGGACUUGGAGCUUCACAGCGAGGGCAAAGAGGGGGAUUUAGGGCCACUGUGCUUUGGGGAGGGAGAUGAGGAGGGCCCUGCCGCUAAAGUUGGCAUCAGCAUGUCAUUGCUUACUGUCAUUGAAAGACUGAGAGAGCGCUCAGACCAGAAUGCCUCAGAUGAAGACAUCCUGAAAGAGCUUCAAGAUAACGCACAGUUCCAAAAUGGAGCUGUAGCCGGAGUGGUCACAGGAAACGGAGCAGGGAGCUACAUGUGCAGCAUUCCAGGAAUGGAUGGGUUGGUUGGCUCUUCUGAUGGCGGUCUUGUGGAUUACAUCCCAGGCAGUGAGCGGCCGUACCGGUGCCGUCUUUGUCGCUACAGUAGUGGCAAUAAGGGCUACAUUAAACAGCACCUGCGAGUGCACAGGCAGAGGCAGCCGUAUCAGUGUCCCAUCUGUGAGCACAUCGCUACGGACAGUAAGGACCUGGAAAACCACAUGAUCCACCACUGCAAAACCAGGAUGUACCAGUGCAAACAGUGUCCAGAUGCAUUCCACUACAAGAGCCAGUUAAGAAAUCAUGAAAGAGAGCACCACAACUUCAGCAGUGACAUGGCAGCACUUACACCACUCAGUGAAACUGUGGCCACAACGGAAGAAACUGAGCGGAUAACAGAUGAAGAAUGUAGUAUGCAGAAAAUGUACAAGUGUGAUGUGUGCAACUACACCAGCUCGACAUAUGUUGGGGUGAGAAACCACCGGCGGAUUCACAACUCUGACAAGCCUUAUCGGUGCUGUAGCUGUGAUUUUGCCACCACCAACAUGAACAGUUUAAAGAGUCACAUGAGGAGGCACCCUCAGGAGCACCAGGCGGUGCAGCUGCUGGAGCAGUACAGGUGCUCUCUGUGUGGCUAUGUGUGCAGUCAUCCCCCAUCGCUCAAAUCCCACAUGUGGAAGCACGCCGGAGACCAGAACUACAACUAUGAGCAAGUUAACAAAGCCAUUAAUGAGGCCAUAUCCCAGAGCAGCCGGGCACCUCAGAAGUUGUCUGCGGUGCUGGAGUCAGUGUCGGAGCGCCCAGUAGUGGCCCCACGUUCAAAGGACAAAGUAAAGGGCCCUUUGGAACCACUGCAAGUGUCCACAUCAGCGACAAAAGCUGGUCUCUCUGCUGACAGCUCAGCAGGCCUCCCUACACCUCCCACAGACCCUUCACAGUGGUCCAGUGAAUCCCUGAGCCCCCAGAGGAAGGACCCUGCGCAGCUCCAGUCCCAGAGCCAUCCCCGCACAGGCCAGUUCCCUGUCGCCGGCCCUGGCAUGGAAUAUUGUGUGCUCUUGUUCUGCUGCUGUAUCUGUGGCUUUGAGUCCACGAGUAAAGAGCGACUGAUGGAGCACAUGAAGGAGCACGAGGGAGACAUCAUCAGCAUCAUCCUCAAUAAGGAGCAGCAACAGCAGCAGCAACCAGAAGCACAGCCCAGCCUCCAAGCUGCAGAGUGAGACAUGCCCUUCCCUCCCUCUCCUCAUAUUAUCACUCACCCCGUGCUUUUACAAUGCUGUCCACAAAAGUAUUUCAUUAAGUUUUCUUACCUCUAGGAGGUUGUAGAGGAUACUGAGGUGUAACAAUUUCACAUCUACUGUACCACAGUCAUUAAUUGUCAUUUCUCAGAAGUUUCUCUGGUUAAGGUCGGUCAUGACAUCAAAGGGUUCCAGCUGUGAGGCUGCUGUUACUACUAUCCAGUGCAAACACCUUGAGAAGGUUUCGGGACAAGUGAUUACAUGAUUUUCUGAGAGGUAUUUCAUUUGAAGCGAAUGUUUAAAACAUUGAACAACAUCUUAAGCCGUUAAUAUUUGUGUCAAACAAUUUCACAUUCAAAAGACACAAAAUGUGUCUGUAGGGAAGUUAUUUUAAUUUCAAGGGAAAAGCCAGAGCUCUAACCCAAGUAUGAUUUCUCACUAUACAGGGACAAGUUCAUACCUCAGAAAACCACACAACCCCUCACCAGAAAUGGGAAAAGAUUCACAUAUUUUCCAGUCUAAUUCAUAUAUUAUUGAGUAUAAGGCAGCUCUUUCAUUGCUACUGUAAUAUUUAAUGUAUUUAAUCCAACACAGUCAAGGCUCUAGCCGAGUAACGGAGGUACAUGUGCAAACUUACCAAUGCCUAAAGGCAUUUAUCACAGCUCGAGUUUCAUUUAUUAUUUAUCCAUUUAUUUUUAUGCAUGUUAGUUUCCGUUAUGCCAAUUUAAAAAGGAAUAUCUUCAAUAUUUUUUUCCUUUUUUUUUGGUUUUGUUCUUUGUUUGUGUGACUAUACUUGUAAUUUUGCUUGUUAAAUCAUUUAUAAAGUAGCUUCUUCAGCAGAGAACGUUUUAGAUAUCAAAGGAGGACUGAAAGUUGACCAGAACAAAGCAGGAAUUGGCCUUUGAGGACUGUAGUCUACUGAUGGUUUAACGAAUGUUGACAAAAAGAAAAACAAAAAGGGACGUUAGCAACGAUAGAGGUGUUAUUUUCAUUGAAUGGUGCCUAGGUUUUUGCAAACAGGAAAAUGUUUUGAUGAAAGAAAUACAUUUAUCACAUGUGAUUGUGGUGCUAGGCUCACUUUCAGAUUUAUUGAAGGUAUAGUGCUUUUUUUUUUUUUUUUAUAGCCGAUGCCAAUUAUGUUGUAUAUAAUAACGUUUUUAUAAUAACCUUUCCACUUUUUGUCAGUGUUUUUAAAAUACAAACUUUCUAGUGUCAAGUGCAGCAUCAUGUGAUUGCUAUCCCAGCUAACAAAUGCCUCAAAUAGGAAGACACGGAUGUGAAAAUAAAGUUUGUAAGGACACACA